AUGCUACCUACAACAACGAUUCCGAAGAUAUGCAUCGCAAGUUCUAUGAGAAGGUAUCUUUCCCAUACAGCGAGGUAUCUAUAUGCCGAGGAAUAUAAGACAACAUCUAUGUCCUCCAAUGCACCUUCGCUGACAAAGGACCAAGCCAAAAAGAGAGAGUUGAAAAGACUAGCACAACGAAGAGCCGAAGCAAAGAGACCCGCUACGACAAGCCCACUGUAUAUGCCGGUUGCUAUGGCGCUAAGAUACUUGCGUGCAGCAGAAGUAGGCAGACCUCAAUCUCAACAAACAAUUAAUUUAACUACAUUGGUGGUUGGCGAAAGAGGUACGGCGCCCAUAUCUGGGAAUGUCACAUUUCCCAAGCCAUUGAGAUAUGUGAAAGUUGCCGUCUUUACUAAUGACGAAAUCAAACUGAAAGAACUUCGUGAAAAAUAUCCAAAUCAUUUAAUCGGUGGAGCGGAUCUUGUUGCGAAGAUUAAAAAUAAUGAAAUUCCCGUUGAUUUUGACAAGGCAUUUGCCACACCAGAUAUCGUGCCUACUUUACAAUCACAAGUGGCUAGGAUACUGGGUCCUCGCGGGGUUUUACCUUCCGUUAAGAAGGGCACAGUGAACGAUGAUAUAACUUCUUUACUUCAAGAGAGCUUGGGCUCUAUGCCCUUCAGACAAAGGGGAAAUGCGAUCAGCGUUGGCAUCGGAAAAUGUUACUUUACAGAUCGAGAGCUCUUGCAGAACAUUAUAUCUACGAGAGCAGCAUUUAAAGCCGCGGUUGAGAACCAGAAAGCCAAGAAACCAAGUAUAUUAAGUAAGACCACGCUAUCGAGCACACACGGCCCUGGUAUCGUGAUCGACUUUGCCUAG